GUAUGAACGACUUCAGCUACCUGCACACCAACUGCUUUGAGCUCUCCAUUUUCCUCGGCUGUGAUAAGUUUCCUCAUGAAAGUGAGUUGCCUCUUGAGUGGGAGAACAACCGUGAAGCUCUGCUGUCGUUCAUGGAACAAGUGAAUCGAGGAAUCAAAGGUGUAGUGAGAGACGUGGCAGGAAAUCCACUGCCUAAUGCCACCAUUUCUGUGGAGGGAGUAAGGCAUGAUGUCAAAACCGCUGCUGGAGGGGAUUACUGGAGGCUGCUGAAUCCAGGUGAGUACAAGGUGACUGCCAAAGCAGACGGCCACACCCCCCAGACACGACUCUGUGUGGUGGGCUACGACACCGGAGCCACUCCCUGCAGCUUCACCUUGGCCAAAUCCAACUGGGACCGCAUAAAGAAGAUCAUGGCGCUGAACGGGAACAAGCCCAUUCGACUGGUCACCAAACCAAAGGUGGUGAAAACGACGCCGUCGAGCGCCCCAACAGACCCCAGCAUCUCUGCAGGAACGAACGCUCAGAACGCAGAGCGACUCAGGCGGCUGAGACUCCUGCGUCUACGCAGACUGCAGAGAAUACGAGCCAGGACCUCCACCACUACAACCACCACCACCACCACCACCACCACUACAACCACUACAACCACCAAACCACCUGAAACUGAGAAAACCACCUCCUGGUACGACUCCUGGUUCCCUGUAGACAGCGUGACAGAGAACCCAUUUGACAGCAUCAACCUGGACUCUGAGCCCACACAGGACUAUCAUUUUGAAUACAGUAUUGACUGAUUAUCACACAUUCAUCUAAUCAUCUACCUAUAGACACGUCCCCAUUAACCACACUUCUAUACACAGACCUAUAUGCCCCUUUUCCACUAGUGUCGGUACGGUUCCAAGCCUUUUCCAUUGGGCCAGAUUCUUGGAACCAGCCCUUUUUUUAUUACCUACUUUGUUGUGGUUCCAAGCAGUCCCAGUCGACACCAAAAUGCAACAUCAGAACACUGUUCGUCACUGAUUGGCUAGGGGGUGGAGUCGCUGGUUGUGUCUGAGCAGCCUUUACAACAACUCGAGGCGCCGUUUUUUUCCAAUUGUAGCAGCGACAUUAGUCGUGUUUCCAUCCAACUUUAAUUCAAAUUUUUAGCGAACUUUUACAAUUUCAGAACUUAUUUGGCGAACGUGUUUCCAUCUCUCAUUUUGCGCAUUAAUUCUUUUUUGAAAAACCCAAAAACUACCUCCACCAGCCACCCAAAACACAUCCACUGGAACCUGACUGGAACGUCAAUGGAAAAGCACCUGAACUGACCCAUUCCAACACUGACUGUACCGACACUACACUGUGUGGCACUAGUGGAAAAGGGGCAUUAGUUUCACAACUUUUGUGACAGGAAGUGAUGCCGUCUUUUUAGCAGGUUUACAGACGAUCCUGUAAAUAUUUUGAUAAAAGUCUUUAACCCAGAAACAAUCUGCUGAGCAGAGACUCCAGCACAUGUUUGAUUGGCUCAGUAUCCCUUCAAACAUGUAGUGUUCCAGUGAGACGUGUGUUCAUUUAAUAGUCUGUUGAACUUUUGUUUAUGUAACGGCUUCAGUGUUGGCCUCACUUAAACUGUCUUUUGUAUUAAAAUAAAGUUUUCUAAAACACCACA